AUGAUCCAAAACUUGAUUCUGCUAGCAUCUUUGUCGUUGGGCAUUGACGCCGCGGCGCUGUGGCCCCGGCUUGAUAAUGGCGUAGCAAAUACACCACCCAUGGGCUGGAGCAGCUAUAACCAUUAUUCGUGCUCACCCAAUGAGACUACUAUUCGCUCAAAUGCAAAGGCAUUGGUCGAUCUAGGUCUCGACACUCUGGGAUACCGCUAUGUUGGAAUCGACUGCGGGUGGACCAUCGCUGAUCGAUUAUCCAAUGGCUCCUUGACUUGGAAUGAGACACUCUUUCCCAGUGGUUUCCCGGCUAUCGGACAGUACAUCCAUGAUCUCGGUUUGCUCUUCGGUGUUUACGAAGAUGCAGGCAUCAAGACCUGUGAUACUGGCAUUGAGCAGGUUGGCAGUCUGCAUCAUGAGGAACAAGACGCGGCAACCUUUGCGUCGUGGAACAUCGAUGCGCUCAAAUAUGACAAUUGUUACUCCCAAGAAGAUACCGGAUAUCCCAACACAGACUACGCACCAAGCACAUCUCCCCGCGCGCGAUAUGCCAACAUGACCAACGCCCUGAAUGCUCAGGAAAAGAAGGUACUGUUCCAAAUCUGCGAAUGGGGAGUUGACUUCCCGGCUCUUUGGGCGCCGGCAUUGGGUCACACGUGGCGCAUCGGCAAUGACAUUAUCCCGGCAUGGCGAGCCAUCUUCAGAACCCUCAACCAGGCCGUGCCGCAGACAUCCUUCGCGGGACCUGGGCAGUGGCCGGAUCUUGAUAUGAUGGAGGUUGGAAAUGAUGUCCUGACUGUCCCGGAAGAGCAAACUCAUUUCUCCUUGUGGGCUAAUCUGAAGAGUCCACUUGUGAUCGGUGGUGCGUUGAAGGACGAAUGGACCGAGAUUAGCGAUGCAUCUUUGGCAAUUCUCUCGAACAAGGAUGUUAUCGGAUUCAAUCAAGACUCUUUGGGUCAGAGUGCCAGUCUUCGACGACGAUGGUCAGAUCAGGAGUAUGAGGUUUGGAGUGGACCGUUGUCAGGAGGACGCACUGUCGCUGCGGUGAUUAACUGGGCAGAUGAGGCUCGUGAUUUAACACUCAACUUGCCUGAUAUUGGACUGCAAUCAGCGGGUACUGUGAAGGAUAUCUGGAACAAGAAGACAUCCUCUAACGUGAAAACAACAUACACUGCUUCGGUUGAACCGCAUGGAGUGAUACUUCUUGAAUUACAAGACACAUCACCGGAGGGGCAGUAUGUGAGACAGGCAUUUGCAACGGUAUCAGGCGACCACACUAGGUUUCAAUCCAUCUACGCCAACACGACUAGUGCGAACCACACAUUGACGAUCCAAUUCGAAGAUCCAGCUCCGUCAGAGGAGACCCUGAUUGUUGAAUCAGGCUCGCACAAGGCUAACGUGCCAGUGGAAAAGUCAUCCAAACGCACAUCCGUAACUUUCCCUCUCGCUGCGGGAUCGGCAAACCAGAUCACCAUUUACUCGAAGAGUACAGUCAAAUCGAUCCAGAUUGCAUCACCAGCUGGUACAUAUUAUCCAUCAACCUCCUUCACACUUAGUGGCUCUUCCAAGUUGGAAAAGUGCGAUGCUGGUUUCUGUGCUCCUGUCGGCUCCAAGAUUGGCUACAUUGCCGCAGAGAGCACAGCGCAGAUCAGUAUUCCAGCAACUGUGGAUGACAAGUUGCAAAGCAGCACUGUCUCAAAGUAUCUCGAGAUUGACUACAUCAACAAUGAUAUCGCUCUUGCGACGAGUUGGGGCUGGGGCUCUAGUUCCAGAAACUUGACAAUCUCGCUGAAUGGUGGAGACCCAGUCAGGCUGGAGGUGCCACUGACAGGCCGUCACAGCGAGCUGUUCGGUCCCGGAAAAGGCUGGUGGGAUAGCUCGAACUUGGGAAUACUAGUUGACGGUUGGAAAAAUGGGUUCAACGAUGUUGUGAUAGGAAAUGAUGUCGCUGGAGACGUAUCCCAAACCUAUGCCGCUGAUUUCGUGGGCCUGCGCUUCUACGACUAA